AUGUAUUCUGAAGAGCUACCAAUGAAAAGCGACACAGACGGUGGAGAUGAUCAUAAAGAUUCGAACAAAGUAUUUACGAUCACGCGAACAAAAGCAAUCGUGCUGGUUGUUAUUGUGAUCGUUCUUAUCAUCUUUGUUGGAGUGUUGUCGGGAAUUUUGAGCGCUAGGCAGGCACGAAGAGAUGCAUUGGAGGAAAGAAAGGAAAGAGAGAAAGUGAGAGCUACCGACGAGCCUACAUCGAUAACGAUGGCGCCCACUGAACCAACGGGACCUGAGCCAUGGUAUCAAGUCAGGCUGCCGCAAAAUAUUCUUCCCAUCCACUACGACUUUUAUCUAGAUCCCGACCUGGAGAAAAAUACUUUUAAAGGAAAUGUCUCCGUCUUGAUCGAUGUAACCGCAAAAUCAGCUUACAUGUCCUUCAUACUCAUUCACAUCAACGACAUGAAUGUGACUCGAGCAAAAGUUUUUAAGCGUGCUCUAGAUGCAAAACCAAACACAGCUUCCCCAGGCGAUGAAUUGGCGCUGAAGAGGGUCUUCGUAUACCCCAAAAAUGACUUCUUUGUUUUCGAGCUGGAGGAAGACCUUGAAAUUGGGCAGUAUGUGCUGGACAUGGCCUAUAAUUCCACAUUUUCAAGUCAGCUAAAUGGCCUGUACAUAAGCACCUACAAGAAUGAAAACAAUGAAACAAGGUAGGUAUUUGCUUCCGCGUGAGACUAAUCUUCACCCACUGCAUUCCGACAUUGUCACGAUAACUCUUGCAGAACACAGUGACAGAUAUAGAAUGGGUGUGGGGUGGGGGGCGGUGUAAUUCGGAGGAACCGAAGGGGGACCGAGUUAAAUAGGAAAGAGGGUCCAUGGAUACCCAAGGGACUCCCACUCAUACAUUCACACCUGGAUUAUCAGAGUGUGUUGCAUUACAUGGAGGUACCAACAAAAUCCAAGGACAUCAAGAAAAGAUGGGGUAGGAGCUCUACUUAAAAGAAACAUGAAUGAAAUUUUAGUCAGGUAGUGCACAGGUUAAAGACUCCAAAAAGUAUUGAGGGAGGGGAGAGUGGCUUGCAUUAAAAUUUCUUUGUGGUUUCUCCCACAUUCUAAAUUAAGGCUUCAAACAGGCUAGGUUAAAGUCCAAACCCCUUAAUGCUUUACAUCAAAGGCCAGGGACAGAACCAAGUGUCCACAUUACUAGACUGUGGAAACAGCAAUCUCUGCUUGUUGCUAGCGAUUUUUCGCCAGGUGAGAUGUCUGUGCCUAAGCUACAGACAGAAAUUCCAUAGUAAUGAGGUAAAUCAAUGUUUACAUAAUUAAUCCAGUAGCCAUGGGGUUCCAAAUGUAAAUUUGUUUGAUUUUAUGUGUCUCCUGGUCGAUUAUGGUAAAGUUUUGUCUUCUCCAAUGAGCUCCAGCUAACUUGAAUGUUUCUACUCAAGAAGAAUAUAUUCCACAAAUAUUGACUGUGUUGAUUCAUUGCAUUUACUGCGCCUACAUCACUUUUCACUUGUAAACUUGCAGUAAGUUCUCAACUGAACUGGUUAAUAGGAACUUUAAGAUCCAACAACACGACGGCAAUGAGAGCUUUGCUUGAAAAGGGAAUUUGCGUUCUUUCAGUCUUUAUCUUGCAAUUAUUCCUACCCACUUAAUUAUUUUGUCAAAUGUAGGUGAACCCUCCUGGAGUUGAAUUCCUAGGGACCAUAUCCAAGUGCAGAAAGAGAAAUAAAAUUUUGUCAUUGCUUGUUUACGUCUUCCAUAAAACAUGAAAUUAGGAAUGUUCGUGUUGUAGUCCUGUAAAAACAGGCAGGGAAAUGUACAAAAAAGCGUGCAAAGUUGUUGACAGUUUUGCCUAUAAAAACUAUUGUUUUUUUUUUACGUCCUUCGUUGCCGUCUGCAUCAUUGGAUCUUAAAGUCCCUAAUAAUAUAUUGUUGCAGACGUCUUGCAACCACAAAAUUUGAGCCAACAGAUGCCAGGAAGGCCCUCCCCUGUUUUGAUGAACCAGAGAUGAAAGCUACAUUUUCAACUGUGAUUGUUCAUGAUAAAGACUACACAGCUCUGUCAAAUAUGCCUGAAGAAAGAUCAGAAAAUUUGCCAGAUGGAAGAGUAGCUUCAUAUUUUAUGAGGUCUGUUCCUAUGUCCACUUAUCUACUGGCAUUUAUUGUCUGUGACUUCAAGUACACAAAUACAACUACUGGAGUAUUUAAUAACAUAACAGUAAGUCCAAACAGUUCUUAUUUGGAGAUAUACAAUUAUUUGACCCAGUGUUCUUACCAGGAUUUUCUACACUGGGGUCCACAUGACCCAUAGAGAAGCUGAAAGGGGGUCAUGAGGGAGAAAAGGGGGUCACAAGUUUUAGAUACAGCUUAAACUCAACUGAUUGGGUGUUUUCUAGAGAUAUCAUAACUAAUUAAAUUUUUGCUUAUAUAUAUUAUAAGGAAAUUUAUGUUUGUGUACGUUUGUUUAUGUACAUUUUGUAAUAGGUUUUUUAUCCUUCUUUGCACCCUCGUGACCCCUUGGGCUAAUUAUGGUUCGGCUGAUUUCCCGAAAAGGGUGGCAGUGCUGCACUGCCUCAAUGCCGUGGUAUAGUAUUAGAACAAUGUUGGCCCCCUGCACCAUUUCUUUAUGUAAACGGGGAAUCCUGGGUUAGGUUCCUCAGGAAUUUGUAGAUUUUAUGGCUGAAAGGAUGUAUUUACUAGAAGUGCGGGUCAGUUAAUAACUUUUGCAGUUCCACAGACAAUUCUGGCUAGCUUUUUUUACAGGUUUCUUUCUAUAGAACAAAGUCACCCUGCUACAGCUAGAGGAGAGCAAUCUUCCUAAUAAAACCUAUAAGUUAAUCUACAGAGCCAAAGGGGGAGAGGUUGCUCCCUAUUUAUAAUGAACUAUAUGGGGAGGUUGCUCUUGAAAGGGGUACCUUUUUCAGGCUUCAAGAACGGUAUGAUGAAAGGGUAAGGGUUGGAUCUCAUGGUGAGCCUCCCCAUAUAAUUUUUUUUGGAGUACCACUACCCCCUAGGCUACAGAGACUUGCUCUCCUGACCUGUGCAAGAAACCUUGACAUUAUUAAAUCAGAACCCUUUUUUGGUUGGGUAUUUUGUUGUGAACCUUUUUUUGCAAGGACCUUUUGGAGCCGGGUUACCAGAGGAUUAUGGACUAAAAUUGUACCCGAACAGCUAGUGUAGGUUUAAGGUUGAUGCAUCAAAAAAUGCCAAGAAAAGAAUCCAGUGACACUUCUAUUGGGUUACUAUAUAAGUUUAUGGACUCUUUUUUGGGACCGGCUAUAAUAUAUCCUCAUAGGAGCUUUUUUGGGUUUAAUAGUUUGGCAUCAUUUGCACUGCCAUGUUACUGUAACACAGUGUACACUAGCUGUUACCUGUCCUGUCCCCUGCUCAGGCUCUGUAAAGAAAUUAAUAAAUCCAUACAACAAUGUAUGUUCAUAUCUACCUUGCCUGAGUCAUUUCUCAGCAAUGCUUAUAUGGGGUUUAUCUUUUGAAGCACCAUGCAUCUUCGCACCAAAAUGGGUGGAAGUUUUAUUUUCACAAAAUUAGGACAUUUCAUCAUUGACUAUUUUUUUUGGUUAUUAUUAUUAUUUUACAAAAAAUAAUAAAAUAAAACAACUACAUGCUCUUUUAACUAUUCAUCACUGACUAUUGUUUAAUGCAUAUUUUAUUGCAGCUCAGAGUGUGGACCACUCCAGCUCAGGUGAACCAAACUAAGUAUGCACUGGGUGUUGGCAAGGAUAUCAUUACAUACUAUGAGCAAUACUAUAACCUGGGUUAUCCACUUCCCAAGCAGGGUGAGAAGUGCAGUAAUACACUUGCUUGGCCAGUUAGCUGAAGAGUAAAUUUUAAAGUGUUCUAUUGAUUUUAUUUGUAGUACAUGGCAUACCUGUAAAUUAGCUGGUGCCAAGUUUUCUAAGUCCAUAUAUGGAUCUGGACGAUCUGCGAGCCAGCAUUAAGCCAUGUGAGCCAUGGGAAAAAAUAGAGUUUUAUGGAAUUAUAAAUGCAUGAAAAAUGUUUCCUGCUUAGUUCGGAGGUUUUGCUGAUGGAAUUUUUGCAGAAUUACGCAGUAUUGAUGGGCUUUCGCUGAUUAGGGUAAGCCCUCAUUUUACUAAAUUGCUUAAUACAGAUUAGGUUUAAGUGCUGUUUACGGCUAAAAACUUAUUUUACGCAUGAGGUUUAGGGGCUUUUUGGCAUUAAACACUCAUUUUCAAAAGUAUACUUUCGGUUAUUUUUUUUCGUAUAACUGCUUUUUCAAUUUUUUUGUAUAUUUCUUAAUGCAUGGCUCGCUGGCUGUGUCCUGACUCAUCCAUAGAGCUAAGUGUAUGUUUCCGCUUUAAAUAAAUUAUUGUAUUGUAUUGUAAUAAUAUUAUUGUAUUAAUGUAUUGUAAAUUCCUGCGUUAGACCACCCUGUUAAUGUAGUCUCCUCCUUUUUCCUGGCCCAAAUGCAAGUCAAGUUAUCCACUCGUUUUUUCUCCAGGAUAAGUGCUAAUUAAUAUAUAUAUGUAUGAGCUAACAAUACAUUUAACUAAGUAAACAUAUUUUAAAUAAUUACAUAUAGAAUAUAUAUGGUUUUGAAGUAAACCAAAAUAUGUAAAUUUCACUUUUGAUUAGCUUGCUUUAUAGGGAGCAAGAUAUUCUUCAGAGUUAAUUUUCAUUCUACGUUUUCUCCACUUUUUGAUGGGAAUAAAGGAUACUAGCUGCUUUCUUGAAACCUGUUUACGGUGUACAUGCAAAUAUUAAGCAUUCAUGUAGAUUGUCAUUAUAUAUGUGUGAUAUCCACCAGAUUCAUUAGUCAUAGCAACAUAUUUGUCACUACGAAGUUCAAAAAGGCUUGGUAUCAUAAUUAUGACACUUAACCUAUUAAUGACCAAAUUUUCAAAAACCGACAGCUUUCAUCAUGUUCAUGAGAUUAACAAUAUGCGAGUAAUAUAUUAUUGCAAGCAGUUAUUUUAAGAAGUGACCUACAGCUGUUUUACAUGUAUAUAAUUUGUUAAUAUUAAUGCACUUAUCAUAAUAGAAAACUCACCCAUACACAUGUAUAUUAUAACAAAAUUUAUUUAGACAUGAUUGCCAUCCCUGAUUUCUCGUCUGGAGCCAUGGAAAACUGGGGACUGAUCACUUAUCGAGAGACAGCAUUACUGUUCAAUGAAGGUGUAUCCUCUGAGAGCAAUAAAAAGAGGGUUGCUACUGUGGUUUCACAUGAACUAGCUCAUCAGGUAUGGAACAAAAAUACACUGUAUACAAAAAAAUUAUCAGAUUUGAUCAUUUUUCAAUCAAAACAGAAGUUAACAUCUCUUGAGAGUUUUUUACUUUUAAACACGAGAAAAAAAGAGCACAUUCAAGAGCAACUGUCCCACCCAUUUUACUUAGGGGUGACAUCGUGCUGACGGUCCCUGCCAAAAUCAGGCUGCCAAUAGCCAGUAAGAUUGGAGAAUUGUGUUACAGUUAUAAUCAUGGCAAAAAUGUACAACAGGAAUAAUACAAAAAGUAGAAAAUUAAUUCACACAAGUCAGAAUGCCCUCCUCUAGUUUCUUCACAAACACUGGUCAUUAUGGCCUGAACUUAAUAAUGUGUCAAAACAACUUACUUCAUGAGCUAAACUUGGAAAACUAAUUCCUCAUGAAACACUCCUUGUAUUGUUUUUUACAACAUUGAAAGCUGUAUAAUUUCAGUACUAGCUGUAUUUGGCUUUGUUAUUCCUUCAUCAUGUAUAAGUGAUUUUUAAAAACUUUUUAGUGGUUUGGAAACAUUGUCUCUCCCAAGUGGUGGAAUGACUUGUGGCUGAAUGAAGGAUUUGCCAGUUUUGUGGAGUACCUUGGAGUGAACUACACCCACCCAGACUGGCAAAUGGUGAGCAUACAUGCGUGGUAGCUGUAAUCUCCCAUACUAGUCAAAUAUAGGGAGCUUUAGCAAAUAUGACGGCAGUGGCAACUUAGAAUGUCAAAAAAGCAAUGGGCUUGUUAAGCAACAAAUUACAACAACUUUGCAUGUACAGCACACUUUUUUGUACAUUUCUUUGCCAUCCCUGCACAACUACAAUGUGAAAAUGCCUAGUAAUUUCAUGCUUUAUAAUGGAGGAUGGAAACAAGCGAUGACCAAGUUUUCUUUCGCUCAAGUGGGGUCCCUAAGAAAUAAUUUUAAAAUUCACCUACAUUGGACAUUUUUAGUGAAUGGGAAUAAACGUGACAUUAUGUUUAUAAAACCGCCAAUUUGUUUUAAAAGUAACAUUUUUGCUGCGGUCACCAUCAUUAGUGCUAAAGCUCCCCAAUAAGGGCCAUGUACAUGAUAUGUCUCUUCUUACAACAUAAGUACAGUUGAAAUUUUAUUGUUUGGACCAAUGACAAUAUCUGUAUGUCUAAUUUCCUCUACAAGAUUUUCAUGAGAAUUUUGCAGGUCAAUAUAUUUUCAUGAUAUUUCGCCUUUUUCUCUGGCUCAUUCUUUUAUGGUUUGAAAGAUCUCUUCACUCUGCUCCACAUUAGCUGACAAAGUUGUCCUUGAACAUUGAAACUGAUGACAUCACAAGCAGUAGAAUUGAUGUGGAUCCGCAUGGGUGGUUCAGGGGCUUAUGGCCAUGGAGUGGCCAGAUUUGGUUUCAUUGUUUUUACGAUCAAAAUUGGAUUUUCUCAGAAAACGUGGUACUUUACAUUGCUCAGCCCGUUCACUCUUGGGAAUUGUGCCAAAAACCACCUUUUACAGCUAGUCAAGCUGUUUUGUGGUAACUGUCUGGCUAUAAUGAACCAAAACUACCAUUUAAGGUGGCUCAGGGACAAAAUGGGUUAAUGUAAGAAACCUGAAUAACAAACGUAGUUGAAAUAUAUGAAAACUAAUUUUUUUUAAACAAAAAUGAGGCCUCUAAAGUAUACUGGAGCUGUAACUCAGCAAGUGGUUAACUGAGUUUUAACCAAGCUCAUCACCUACAGGUUAGUCAAUUACAUGUAAUUAUAACAGAAGACCUGUACACCAAUAAUACAAGAUGUAACUUAAUUUUUGAUUGUAAUGUUCAUUUUUGGUGUAUUAACUUUACAGAUGGAGGCAUUCCUCCUUUAUGAUCUUCAGAAUGUUUUCCCAUUGGAUUCAUUAGCAAGUUCUCAUCCUAUAUCUGUUGAAGUUGAUCAUCCUAAGAAGAUCAAACAGUUAUUUGACAGAAUUUCAUAUAGCAAGGUAUAGUUGUUAAAGUUUUAAUAAGAAGCUAGUUUUUAUAUAGACUGUGAGCAGUCUUAAAAUUUUUGUUUUGACAUAGAUUGAGAGUGAUUCUGAGGGGCAAGCAGCAAAUUAAAGCGGCAAGGAACAAGGCGGAAGCCUGUGCCAAGGCCUUCUCUGCCCUAAUUUCUCCUCCUUUUAACCAUAAAUUUGCAUAAUUCUACUUUUUCGCUUGCCGCACGUGGCUCUGGAAAGAAGGACAACCACUUGGGUUCUUGUUUUUCUAUGUAACUACCCUGGAUUUCUGCCUCUUUCCUGCAUCCAGUCCUCCUGCACAGUGACUGGUAAUCAAGCCUUUUCUAUGUACUUCUACAUUUAUUAGUAAUAAUUAAAGGUUUAUGAAAUUUCAUAGACAUAUAUGUCACAAUUUUUAUUAUUGCAGGGUUCCUCCAUUAUUCGGAUGCUUGAAGGUUUUGUUGGCAGGGAAAAGUUCAAGGAGGGACUUAGUGUAUGUAUAAUUUGUAAAAAACUACAAGAAUUUGUUAUGUAGCCAUUUUUUUUUAGAUCUGAAUUUAAUUAAUUGAGCUUUUUUAAAUUUAGAAGUUUAUUUUACCUUUUGUUAAUACAUACAGUAUUAUUUGAGGAAGUAUGCCUUUAAGAAUGCCGAAACUAAAGACCUUUGGAAUGCCUUGGGAGAGGUAAGUAGAAUAACAGAAUGUCAGCAGUUAUCAUUAUAAUCAACACUUUUAAAAUCCAUUUUUGAUUUGAAAAGUGUCUCCAAAUAACUAGGGUCAUUGGAAUGGUCAUUUAUCAGUCAUUGAAACUAUCAAGUUUUACCCUCUCUCUUACAGAUGUUAAGUUUUAUCCCCUCCCUCUUAAAAAAGUAAAACCCACAUCCCUUCCCUUCCCCUCAAGAAAGAAAAACAUAUAUCCCCUCUUACCUCAGAAAAGAAAAACACAUCCCCUCCCCCCUCCCCCUCAGAAAAGAAAAACACAUAUCAAUAAAGAGGGUUGAAAAUGGGCGUGCACAAGCAAAAGAAGCACCCAGUGACACAAGGUGGUGAAAUGACAUUGCAUGGGUUGAGGUAGCUUAUAGUAUAAUGUAUUAGAUGAAAUGACAAGCAUGAGACCCUAUAUCCCUCUGCUUGUUGGCUAUUCUUAUCAGGCUUAAGGCAGGUAUUCAAAGGGGAAGGGAGUGCUAACAGGCAAAGGGCCCCUCUUCCGUCACACCCCCCUUCCAUGAAUAGUUUGUUUUCACACUUUCAAGAAUGUAGCAAGCCGCAAAGGCUAACUCCUGUGCGGUUUCACCUUGAAAUAUGAUUUUUAGCCUUCCUUAGAACCAAGAAGCAGUUUUCAUUUUCAUGUUGCUGAUCUCCUGUGACUCAGGAGGGACACGUGCUUCACCGUUUAGCAAGUAGUGAGCUUAAGCAAAGACGUUUUUGAGGCCUUGAGCGAUGCAGGUCAACCGGAAGUGGUCUUUUUCCAUAUUUGGACGGUGGUUUUGCCGAAAUGUUUGGGUACAGUGGACAUAUCGUCUCUAUAAAUAGAAAAGACACUUAGAAAUACAAAUUUGGAAGCGUCAAAUGAAAAAGACCUCACUUCCAGUUGACGUGCAUGACGCUCAAAAACGUCUUUGCUUGCAACGCAACAGGACUCACAUCAAGUAUCAGAAACAUCACAAGGGAAGCAACUGGGCAUAGGUUCUUAAUCAAAAUUCCUACUCGUGAUGUUGGUACCAGCGUAAUCGGCUCCUGUACCAGCUAUAAUUUUAAGGAACGUUAGUGAAAACAAAGAGGACUGAGAUAACUGGCCAACUGUUAUUUCUGUUCAAUAGAAAGCAGGUAUGGAUGUCAAGACCAUCAUGGACACAUGGACAAUUCAAAUGGGAUUCCCUGUAGUAACAAUCAAACGUGUUAAAAAAACAAACAAAGCCAUAGCAAAGCAGAAACAUUUCCUCCUAGACCCUAAUGCUGUGGUUAAAGAAUCAUCACCAUUCAAGUGAGUGUCCAAUAAACAAAGGUACGAUAUUAUGACAGCCUACAACAGAAGUCAUGCGUAGUUUAAUGAGCCGUUUUUGUUGUCAUCCCACCAAGCUACUCUGUUGGGAGAACCAUCCUUAUGUGGGAAGACAAAGGGUGGCUGUCUCAAGAGGAGAUUACAGAGAACUCAGGCUCAGUUUCCUGGAAAAUGCACAAAUUCCGUCUUUUUACUUCCAAGCAGUGAAAGUUAGCGUACGUUAGUGAGCGUGAAAUAGACCCUUUUCAGCUAGUCAAUCACGUGGUACAAAACUUCCAUGCUGGAGAGCAAUAGACGUACUGGGACAAGACAGUUAAAGAACACUCAUCCUUUAAAAUUGUAAUUAGUAAUUUGUUUGUGUCCCAGUGCAACUUCGGCUCUCCAGCAUGGCGUGUAGAAAGCAAAACGUUCCGGGAAUCCGGUUCCAAAAAAUAAUUUCUCGGUUUUCGUCACGUACCCCCCCAAAAAAAUCUUCUUGGUGUAAACAUAGUAUCAGAUAAACAAAUCAGCCCUUCUUAGUUUUCCUUUCGCACGUCUUGUUCACCUUUUUACCUGAACAAAAAAAAGUUCUCAAUUUGAGAGUGUGUACAGUCUGAGGACCAGAACUGAAUUGACUGACCUGUCUGUCUUCUCUUUUGUUUGGUUAACUUUCCUACUUACUCUGAAAGUGUUUUGUAAAACGGUCGAUAUAUUUCCAAGUAAAGAUUGAUAAUGCACCCUUAACAGAAAGUACAAAAUACGUAGUCUAAAGCUUUAUUAAUCGCCAUUAUCUAUCGUUUAUUUGAAAAUCAGACUUUGUUCACUUAAUAUUGCAGUUACAGAUGGUACGUUCCUCUGACAUACGUUUUUGAAGGAUCAUCCCAAGAUCCCAAAACUAUUUGGAUGAACAUCUCAUCUGAUCAAGGUUUGAUAAAAGAUACAGUUCUUUCUGUGAAAUGAGUUUUGUAAUGUUUAUAACUGCUACGUCAAUGUAGCAAUGGGCCAAUCAAGUUCCUAGUGAUUCUAUAACACAAUUGAUCACUCCAGAAAAUACUAUAACGUACCGUAAUUCUCUUUGUUUGUCACUCCAAAAUUUUGCCUAAGCUUUGUCUUCAGUUUCUCUUGGGAAUUAGAACGGCCACAAGAGAAACUGAAAACAAUGCUUUUGCAAUAUUUCAGGGUAACAAACAAAGAUCAUUAUGGUAUGUUAUGGUAUUUUCUGGAGUGAUCAAUUCGACCAUCAGCUCAAUUUUGUUCCCAGGGUUCUCUUCGGGAAACGGGUAGGAGAGAAACCUGUAAAUGAGGCUGCCAUCAGCCUGGAGCGUCCAUCUCCCAUAUAAGGCGGGGAUCACGGUGUGUUAGGUUUUAAGCUAUUAAAGCUAUUCGCCAGAAACACUUCAGCCAAUCGGAGCAGAGAAGGAUUUCCAGUACUUAUCAAUGAGGUUAGCGAAUUGUCAAGUAAAAACGACGAGAGCUUUACUGGUUGAAUCUGCUAAAAAACGAUGAAAGCUUUACCGGUUGAAUCUGUUGAAUAGCCUUAGAAGCUUUAGGACUAAGAAAGCGCUAUCGAGAAUAUCAUUUUCCAGUUAAAAUUCUUAGACGAACUCGUAGAAGAGAUUUUUGCGCGCCACGUUUCACAGCAAACAGCUUAACUUGCGGUAUGCCGUUCGUCGUCGGUCGUCGUCACUUUUUGUACUGAACGAAAUUAAGGCAGCCAUUCAACGAAUUGUUGAGCGUUUUUUCAGGCAUUGGGCUUUCCCAUCAUGAUUUCUUGAAACACGCCAUUGCUAAUAACCGCACAAUAAGCGAGAAAUACUUCCGACAUCCUCCCCCACCCCACCCCCCCCCCCCUUUUCAACAAUUCAGCUCUAGAAGAUUAAGAGUUCUUUAAGCUGCAAAUACUUCAACGGUUUUUCCUUUACCGAAGAAGUAACAGAAAGGCGUAAUAAAAAAGCGCUUUCGCGUUGGUUGUUUAUGUGAAGCGUGCCUCAUAUCCAAUGUAAAACGGCAAACGCAAUAAAAUGGUUAAACGUGUUCGCGAAGAGUGUGUUCCAUUGGGAUGAUCCGGAUCAGAGAUCACUCAGAUCUUGACGAUUUAAAUGGAGCGAUGAAUAAUUUCCCAGGAGGGAUUCAUCGGUUCCUUUGAUGUACCAUGAUCUUGAUGAUCGGAUCAUCUCAAUGUAACCCAUCCCUAUAGAUAUAUUUUUCUAAGUCCUUCCCCUACAGGGCUCCCGAUGGACCCCCAGACGCGAUGGGCUCCUAUAUCGACCUCAUUUUUUAGCUUCAAACCCCGUUUGUUUUGACACACACCCCUCACAACUCUUUUUCUCUAACCUCACUAGAAUACAAAGUUAGGUGGACAUACCUGUUGUCUUCAUUUACUUUAUCACUUUUUUCCACUUUUAAUUCUACGUCUACAACAUUGCUGGUUUGUUUUCUUUAGUUGAGUUUACUUGGCCUGUUGAUAAAUGGAUCAAAGGAAACUUCAAACAAGUUGGGUUCUACAGAGUUCACUAUGACAAUGACAACUGGAAUGCUCUUAUUAAACAACUUAACACAGAUCAUACGGUUGGUAGUGGAUUUCUUAGCUUUUCUGUAGUAAUACAUCGACCAUACAACUACUACUGAAUUCAUUAUAUUAUUCUGUGCUCUUUGGUUAGUUAUAUAAGAAUAGAAUACAACAGUAAAAAUAAAUUGUUACUAAUAAUAGAUGUAAGUUAGAUAUCCUACGAUGUUCAAACUUUGUGGUCCUCAUACAGUAGUAGUCAGCUUAAAUGUGAUUCCUUUUUAACCACAAGAGUUCGUGGAUGAGGUAGAAUCGGAGUUUUGAGGUAAUGUAGGUAUUGCUGGUUGGAAUUAGUAAAGUUUGUAAGUAUAAAGAUAAUGUGUUUUUAUGUUAGUGAGGCAACAAGAAAAAAAGUAUACGGCUUCGGGGAAAAAUUCAUUGUCACAGACCAAAAUUACAUUUAAGGUAAAGGUCCUUACAUCUUGUAACACAGGGUUCACACUCACCUUGAAAGUAAAAAUUCAAGACUUUGAAAGUCCUUGAAAAUUGUAGUAGGUGCUGGAAAGUCCUUGAAAUUCGUUUCUAACUUUAUCCAACUCAGCAAACACAGAAAGACCUUCAGGAUACAAUUGCUCAUGUUGUGGAAGAGCUUAAAAAAACAUAGACUCAGGGCUCUCUUUUGAAAAGUCCUUGAAUUUUUGGUUCAAAAAAGUGUGCGAACCCUGGUAACAGUACUUAAACUGACAAACCUGAGGCUGAAGGUCCAAUCAUUUUACCCCCCCCCCCGAGUACUUCGUUUUACGAGUAUUUUGAAGCUACUCAUUAUGAAGCGAUACAAACUUUUAGCUAUCUUGAAAUGAACUUGCACAGUACUUUUCAAGGAAUUGUAAUAACUCCUCUAGAGGGGUUAAUUUAACUCCAUACUGUGGAGUUAUUUUAACUUCAAAAAGGAGUUUAAAGAACUCUUUUUCAGGAGUAAAAAUCACCCCAGAUUUGAAGUUAAUAUCGAGGAGUUAAAGUAACCCCAAAUUGUGACCUUAAAUUUUUACUCCUUUUUUGGAGUUAUAAUAACUCCCUAAAAAAUUACUGUGUGUAACUUGGAACUGUUUACUUACAUGACACUCUUAUGAAUAUGGAACAAAGGGUUGUCAAAAUCUGCGACUAGAAAUCAAUGUUUGGACGGUAUUCAUUGUGACUGGAUUUCACUCUAUUUUCACAGGUUUUUACUGCAGAGGACAGAUCGAGUUUAAUUGAUGAUGCCUUUAACUUGGCAAGGUUUGUUUGUAAUUUAUUCCUACUCGUGAUUCGUAACAAAUCCGCAAUCAAAUAUUAAACAUUACAAACAGCUGAAAUGAAGGCGUUGGUAGUUUUGGGUAUGGGAACAAUAAAACUUUACUCCAAAUGCAAGGAUGCAAAUAACAGUCGGUCAUCGGACAAUUGUCCGGUAAAUUUGACGUUUUGACUGGCGAAAUAUUAGUCUGGUCUGUCACUAUGACCGGGCACUUUUGAUCCAAAUUAAACUUUUAAUUAUCAUACUUUAAAGACACUUGUGGCAAAACAUUGUUCCGUUAUUUAGCUAACACACACAUUGACAAUCAAAAAAUAAUAAACUGCUAUCGAAAAGUAAAUCAGAAUUAAAUUUUUGUAUAAUUUUUGUUUUCAAGUGCGAAGUCAGUGAAGACUGAUCAGUGAACUGAUACAACUGUUACAGCUCCUGUCUGUGAUUAAUAUUGUGCAAUUAAAGCAGUGAAAUAGGUUGUUUUGUUAUAUUCUUAAUUUUGGUCUUUCACUUGGAAUUUUUUUGUCCGACCAGACUGUUUCCAUGUCAGGUCAGGUCUGGUCUCUGACCUGACAAAUGACCUGCUUAUUAAAAAAAAUAUUUGCAGCCUUGAAAUGUGUAUAUCUCCCUCACCAACGGCCAUCUGUCCACAAGGCCACUUUUCUUUGGCGGACAAUCUAUACAUUUACUCUUGUCCAGACCUCUGUACAGCGGCAAUUUCUUCUGUCCCCAAGGUAGCUGUUGAGGCAGCAGGAGAGGUUCAACUGUAUGAAACUAGCUCUACCUUUAGAGGAUUACUUCAGGCAAAAUGUUUAGGAUCAUGGUGGCGGCACUCAUCGUCUUCCCCGGCUUCAUCGCUUAGGUUUCACAUGAAAAUAUCACUAGUGUUCUAUAAGCAGAGUUUAAUACCAUCAACUGACGAGAUACAAAUCGCCUUAACUCUCAAUAUAACACAAACUGUCAAAACGUCAGUCACCGUCAUCAACAUUCCUAUUCAGGACUUCCUCACUUGGAAGAUCAUAUACCUACUAAUGGUGUGACUCCUCGGCUCAAACCAUUCACUGUUUUACUUUGGGUAUUGUUAAAUAAGUGUUGUUACAAAUUAAUCUAGUGGCUUAUUUUGUGACAUUCCUAUCAGAGCCGGGUACUUGGACUACACCAUUGCCCUGGGUACCUUGAAGUAUUUGAGUAAGGAAUCCGAGUACGUCCCUUGGAGGACUGCACUGAACAGCUUGGGCUUCCUGGAUGACAUUCUCAGUGACAGGCGGGGAAAUGGAUACUUUCAGGUUUUACUAUAUUAUUGUUUCUAAUGUUCAAACGUACAUUAUGUGAUACUUUUUGCGUUUGGAAUUCAUUGGAUAACUAGGGACAUGUGAAGAGAAGCUUCGGUUGGAAAUCGAGUGAAAAGCCGCACGUUACUAACCCCAUCAAAAUUUAAAUCUAAUUUUAGAUUCUCUCGGAAAUAAAACUGUGGAACAUUGUUCCCUAUCUGAUUUUACUUAAGGCGUAACUUUUUAGGACUAAGAGACCCUUCUUUUUUGGAAAAUUGUGAUGGUGAACAAGUCUAUUCAGUUUCAAUUUUGUUUCUGUUGUAAAUUUAUUUCCAAUUAUGAAUCCCGGCUGAAACCAAACACCUUCAUGCAAUCGUUUCAAUUUGUUUCUGUGUUGUAAAAUUAUUUUCAGGUCUAUUCAUAGUUACCUGUUGUAGGUCUUUUGGGGUGCGUUUGUUUACUAAAAUCCAAGAUCAGAUCAAGAACCCGGAUAAUUAGGAUUUUUCUUUAAGAAAAGAAACGAUGUAUCCAAAAAAUUUCGAUAAAGACGACCCACAACAUCGACGGUAUCCCGAAGAAAGAAUAACACGGCUGCUGACAGUGUCGCAAGUUUGCUGAUCUUUCGUUGUAAUCUGGACGGUUAGCUUUAGGAUACUGCUUUUGACGGGCCAAAUCAAAGACGAUUCUUAAAAUAAGAAGUGUACUGUAAAAGUAAAAUCUUGUAAAACGCGCCAGUUAAGUGUGUAUCAGUUUUGUCCUCUUGAACUAGAACAAUGCAGGUCCUGUUUGUGUUGCGAUUUUACCACCCCGAUAAAGCAGAUGAAAUU